AUGGCGGCGGUUGCGGCGACCACCACCACCACCACCACCGCGGCGGCGCUCUCUCUGGGCACCGAAACGGUCAAGGUGGAAAAUGGGCAGAGCACGUCAGCCAAGCUGGGGCUCCCUCCUCUCACCCCGGAGCAGCAGGAGGCUCUUCAGAAGGCCAAAAAAUACGCGAUGGAGCAGAGCAUCAAAAGCGUCUUGGUGAAGCAGACGAUUGCCCACCAGCAGCAGCAGCUCACCAACCUCCAGAUGGCAGCAGUGACAAUGGGCUUUGGAGAUCCUCUCUCACCUUUGCAAUCGAUGGCAGCGCAGCGGCAACGGGCCCUGGCCAUCAUGUGCCGGGUCUACGUGGGCUCCAUUUACUAUGAGCUGGGAGAGGACACCAUACGGCAGGCCUUUGCCCCCUUUGGGCCCAUCAAGAGCAUCGACAUGUCCUGGGAUUCCGUGACCAUGAAGCAUAAGGGCUUUGCUUUUGUGGAAUAUGAGGUCCCUGAAGCUGCUCAGCUGGCCCUGGAGCAGAUGAACUCAGUGAUGCUCGGAGGGCGGAACAUCAAGGUGGGGAGGCCCAGCAAUAUUGGCCAAGCGCAGCCCAUCAUCGACCAGCUGGCGGAGGAGGCUCGCGCCUUCAACCGCAUUUACGUGGCGUCGGUGCACCAGGAUCUUUCUGACGAUGACAUCAAGAGUGUCUUUGAGGCCUUUGGGAAGAUCAAGUCCUGCACGCUGGCCCGGGAUCCCACCACGGGGAAGCACAAGGGCUACGGCUUCAUUGAAUACGAGAAGGCCCAGUCCUCGCAGGACGCCGUCUCUUCCAUGAACCUCUUUGACCUGGGGGGCCAGUAUCUCCGUGUGGGCAAAGCGGUCACCCCACCCAUGCCUCUGCUGACCCCAGCCACCCCGGGAGGCCUGCCCCCUGCAGCAGCCGUAGCCGCAGCUGCUGCCACGGCAAAAAUCACCGCUCAGGAAGCCGUGGCAGGGGUGGCGGGUGCCGCCGUCCUUAGCACGUUAGCCACCCCUGGACUGGUGACCCCAGCCCUGACCCUAGCGCAGCCCCUGGGGGCCUUACCGCAGGCUGUGAUGGCAGCUCAGGCGCCAGGAGUCAUCACGGGUGUCACACCAGCUCGCCCACCUAUUCCUGUCACUAUUCCCCAGGUGGGUGUGGUGAACCCCAUCUUGGCUAGUCCCCCAACGCUAGGCCUGCUAGAAGCCAAGAAGGAGAAGGAGGAGGAGGAGGUUUUCCAAGAAUCUGAAAGGCCGGAGAUGCUCAGUGAACAGGAGCACAUGAGCAUCUCUGGCAGCUGCGCCCGCCACAUGGUGAUGCAGAAGCUUCUCCGGAAACAAGAGUCAACAGUGAUGGUUUUGCGGAACAUGGUGGACCCCAAGGACAUUGAUGACGACUUGGAAGGAGAAGUAACGGAGGAGUGUGGCAAAUUUGGGGCUGUCAACCGAGUCAUCAUCUAUCAAGAGAAGCAAGGCGAGGAGGAAGACGCCGAGAUCAUCGUCAAGAUCUUUGUGGAAUUCUCCAUGGCCUCAGAGACUCAUAAAGCCAUCCAGGCACUGAACGGGCGCUGGUUUGCGGGCAGGAAGGUUGUGUCUGAAGUGUAUGACCAGGAGAGAUUUGAUAAUAGCGACCUCUCCGCAUGAACUCUUUCACAAAGAGACUUCUCUUUCAUUUUUCUCAAUGACUCCCUUUCCCCAUGUUUUCCGGAAUAUUUUUGGACCAGCAUUAUCCUGUGUUGUACACGUAGUUGUUGGUAAAGAUGCCAGGAAGAAAAUC